AUGGCAACUCCACCAUUGGACAACCCACAGCUGGCUAUUCUGGAGAUGAACGAGACCUUCGAAGAUAUCAAUGGCAGCUUCGGUUUCGCUGGUACAUCAGUCGUGUAUCGAAUGAAUGGUGAAUUAUAUCAUGGAAUGCUGAAAGCUCGCUACUAUCCUUCCACAAUUGUCAACUCAGCGGACCUCGCAAAUAUCAUCCAAAUACCCUCCCUAGCCUAUAGUCCUCUAUAUACAACAGAGUUGACACGAGCACAGGAUCCAUCAAAAGACACACAUGUGAAGCGACCCCGAUUGAUCAGCUACGAUCGGAUUUACAAGAGUCAUCCAAAUGCGAUUGCAGAGUCCAUACUGGCAGAAGCAAAAGUGUGCGAGCUGUUACUGCAAUACCCGCAUUCCAACAUUGCUAUCUAUCAUGGUUGCCAGGUAUCCGGUGAUAGAAUUCGUGGACUUUGCUUUACGAAGUACUCGCAUACGUUAAUGAAAGAGGUGAAUUCCGGCGCGUUGAUGAAGAGGCAGGCGAGAAGUAUGCGGAAAACAAGCAAAGACUACAGUAGUGUUCUGGCUGGUGUUGAGAGUGGUAUUCGACAUCUUCAUUCUUUGGGUUUGGUUCAUAAUGAUAUCAAUCCUAGUAGCAUUAUGUUUGAUGGUGAUGAGUUAGUGAUUAUUGAUUUCGGCUCUUGUCGGUCUAUUGGAGAGAGUAGGGGAGGUGGGACAUAUGAAUGGUAUGAUGAGAAGGUCCAGCUUUCUCUUCCUGAGAAUGACUUGAAUGCUUUGGAGGAGAUUCGGAUUUGGCUUGGGGAUGACUUGCCUUUUCAGUUUGAGACUUAA